AUGUUCGCCCCUUCGACCGAGCCCUGGGGGGCGCUCGCGAGCGCCCAGGGCACGCUCGGGCGCGGUGAUACCUCCCCGCACGUCCCGUGGAGCGCGAGCGCGGGCGGGCGAGCGCUGUGGCGGAGUAAGAUGAUGAAGCACUUUGAACGCGCCAAGGAGUCGUUGCGGUCGAACGCGCAGUGUGUUCGUGGACGACGGCGCGCGCGACGGAGCGCGCGGGGGGUGCGGGGGGUGAUGCUCGCGCUCGCGCUGUGUGGUGUCGGUGCGGUGAGCGUGUGGGGGGGGUGGCGGCGGAGACACGCGAUGCGACCGGGACGGAUGGAUCGCGUCCCGCUCGAGGCGCGGCGGGUGGAGGAUGUCGGGGUCGUGGAGGGUGAAUUAGGGUCGGGGGCGAUGAUGUUGUCGUGUGGAGCGUUGGAUGCGGAGGUUGGGGGGUUCAAGGGGGUCGUGCGACGGUUUCGGCCGACGCGGGUGCGGAGCGGGAAGAGUCUGUUUUCGUGGCCCGGAGCGGCGAAGACGGCGGUGUUGACGGGGGUGAACGCGGAUGCGGCGGACGCGAAGGCGUCUUUGGAGGCGUUUUUGACGCAUUACUUGGAUUUUGGGAAGAUUCCGGCGAAGAACGUGUUCGUGGUGGUACACGACAGGCUCGGCAAGGAGGAAUCGAACGCGAAGGUGCUCGAGGCAUUGUUGAUCGAGCGAGGGGUGACGUACGACGUGUACGUCGGUUCGAAGCUCUUGCACAGCGAGCUGUCAACAUUUUGGCAGCGGCAUCUCGACGGGGGGAAGUUGGACGAGGAGGACUGGGUUAUUCUUGCGGAUUUGGACGAGCAUCUCACGGUGCCGCCGAGGGAAGACUUGGGGAGCGAGGGACAUAGCAUUCCUCUGUUCCUCGCGCAGGCGGACGAGCUGGGGUACGAAGUCGUGAACGGGAUCUGGAUCGAUCGCGUCACCUCUGACGGAUCGUUGACGGAGGCAAACGGGCAGUCUCUGCACAAGCAGUUUCCCAAGAAGUGUCAAGUCGGGCCAGAGUGUGAUUUGCGAAGAAAGCCUCCGCGCGGCACGGCGCCGCAUCAUGAGCGCAUGGUCAUCGCGCACAAACUGAAAUUUGCGAUUCGUGACGUUCGAUCACUGCACGACUUCGCGAUCGACGACUUCGCCAGGCCAAAGCCUCUAACGGUGGCUCAGAAACGCGUCUUCCCGGUGCCGGUUGCGGUGCAGCACUUUCAGUGGACCGCGGGAACAGAGGAUCGCUUACGCGGCUUGGCCGAGUCGUACGAAGCGUGCGGGUUAAAGGAUGCGAACGUCGCACUGACAGAAUUAGCUUCGAGCCUGGAGCGCGCGAAUCACAAGAUGACCACGAAAACGUGUCCAUCUUUAUCUUGCGACGACACGUUGGCGGACAACGGGAAUUCGUCGAUUCGGCGCAUCGCCAUCGUGACUACCGUAUGGGAGCAUGUCGACGGUGUUAGUCGUACGAUGAAACGGUUUUCUGAGUAUCUUCGAGGACGCGGUGAUACGAGCGUGCUCGUCAUGUCACCGGAUCUCGCGGAGCAGGACUACUUGCGGGCAAACGUAGACGACGACAUUCACGAACUCGUGGCACCCGUACCCGCGAUCGAGGUUCCAGGUCGUCCGGAGUACAAAUUCGCGCCCCCGUUACGAGCACAGCAACGGGUCGUUCUUAGCGCGUACAGACCGCACGUCGUACACGUCGCGGCUCCGGAUAUGCUCGGCCACAGCGCGGUGCACUGGGCCGCAGAAGUCGGAGUAUGUUCGGUGUGCUCGUACCACACCGCUUUCGACACGUACAUGCAGUACUAUCACGCGUCCGUGCUGUCACAUCCCAUCGAACAUCUGUUGAAGGAUUUCUAUGGCAAGUGUGACGUCGUCGCAGUGCCCACGUACGCGGCCGCCGCGCAUUUGCGGAAGUUGGGAGUCCCCGGAGAGAGGAUGGGAUUCUUCCCGCGCGGAGUGAACCAGACGCUCUACAGUCCGAAGAUGCGAGACUCAAAGUACAGGAAAGAAAUGUUCGGUGCCGACGAUGAUGAAAUCAUCAUUCUUUGGGUCGCUCGCAUCGUGCGCGAGAAAGGACUACAGAGCUUCAUGAACACCGUAAAAGCCUUGAAUAGAGCAGCGGCGAAGGAACCCGACUUGCCUAAGUUCCGCGUCGUCAUCGCGGGCGAUGGGCCCGAUUUGGGAUGGGUCCGCGGCACGUUGUCGCAGUACAGCAAUGUGGUCAUCUUGGGACACAAAGGCGGUGCGAACCUUGCGAAGACGUACGCGGCGGGUGACAUAUUCUUUUUCCCCUCCAAGACGGAGGUGAUCCCAAACAAUCUCAUCGAAGCCAUGGCAUCGGGUCUGCCCGUGGUCACGGACGACGUCGGCGUCAAUCGAGCGAUCGUACAAGACGGGGUUAGUGGCAUCAUUGUCAAGCACACGGCGGUGAUUCCAAGAGACGUCUCAAAUUACGUCCACGCACUGAAGCGAUUGAUGAAGGAUAAAACGCUCGCGAAGAGGAUGUCUCAAGCCGCUGUGGAAAGCACGGUCGGUCUGACCUGGGAGCGGACGUUUGAAUCCCUCUUACACGCGUACGAUCGUUGUCGUCCAGGAUUGCCGUACGCUAGACACAUACCGAGAGAAAAACUCGAUGAACCAAAGGCGUACCCGCGCACGUAUGAACCGACAGAGACGACUCGGGAUGUCAUCGUGGACGACGGGGCGCCUUCAUAUUCGUUGCUCUACCGCAUCUCUCGCGGUAUCACGGGUGGAUACGUGCGUUCAUUGGAAGACGCGAAACGUGAUGACGAGGUAUUUGCGAAGGAUGGCUCGUUCGCGUGA